CUCACUCUCCCUCUUCCUCUCUCGCUGAGUUCCCUCCCUCAACUCUCCUCUUCCUCACCUUCUGCGUUGAUACCCCCUCCCCCUCUUCUCAAUCCCACCUAUACUGGUCCUACCCACCUGGGGAAACUCGACGCGACACGCCAAUUUCCCCAGGCUACGACAUUUGGAGUCCUCCCUACUGCGCUCGACGAAACGACCGAAAGAGUGACUACCCAGCACCGCCGUGACGCUGCGGUAACGGUCGACUACGAUCCGACCACUCCCUGAACCGCCUCCUCUUCUUCCCUCUCCUUCUCCCUCUUCCACAACCCCCCGUCGAUUGCGUGCACUCUUCUCAUUAACAUUGUAUUCCUCUCAACGACCAUCCGCCGCUCGCCUCGACCGGCUGGAUCUCGCGUCUCCUCUUCUCCAUAAUGUCUACCCCUUCGACAGCCACCGCGACACACCCUUCGCAUCAUCAGCAACACUACGCAUACCCCCAUCAUCAACCCUACCAGUCAACCCCAUCGUACCCAACCACGUCCGCUGCAGGCACGGCUCGCCUCGUCACCUCCGCCUAUCCCUACACUGUCAACCCUCAGACGACCUCGCUUCCCUUCGUCCAAUCUCCCAAGACCAUACCCCCGGUUCUGACGCCCACAACCGCUUCCACAACGACCGCCAUGCCCCCCACGCAGAACCUGAUCAACAGUGCGGCCACCGCCCACAAUGGUCGGAGGAGGAAACCCAACUGGGGCGAGUUCUAUAAAAAUGGCAUACCAAAGGAAGUCAUUGUCAUCGAUGACACGCCGCCUCCAGAGCAGUCCCAGGACGCCUCGCGCAAUCUGGCGCCGGCUUACAUGAAUGCCCCGAAUGGGACGGCGCCCCAGCCGGCCAGCAAGAAGCGGCGCACCGGCCCCGACACGACCUACGACCUCGCGGCUUAUGAUCGACCCUCUUUCUCCAUCAACCCUCAACAGUACGGCGAAGAGUCCACAGGCGAGUCUCUCUCCACCGACCGAACAACAUCUCUACACACUACCGCGCCCACCUCGCUGUCCCAGGGCAGCACAGGGGCUAGCAAUGGCGUUUACUACGAAGACGCCAACACCGGCCAGAAACGCAAGCGGGUGACUACUCGAAAGUCGGCUCGUGAUGAACAGAAGAGAAAGGAGUUGGAAACCGCUGGGGAUGCGUUUCUAAGUUACGUUCCGCCUCCGAAGCCCAUCAUCAAGGCAAAAGAAGUACCAGUCCCCGUGAUCCGCGACUAUGGUAACCGAGGUGAGAAAUAUGAUGAUGACGACGGCCAUUACAUCGUGCAGCCCAAUGUGCCGUUGACCGAUCGAUACUCGAUCGUGAAAUUAUUGGGCCAAGGCACGUUCGGGAAAGUGGUCGAGGCGUACGACAAGACCCGCAAGACCCGCUGUGCGGUUAAGAUCAUUCGCUCCAUCCAGAAAUAUCGCGAUGCGUCGCGGAUCGAGUUGCGAGUCUUGUCUACGUUGGCCUCGAAUGACAAAUCCAACCGGAACAAGUGCAUCCAUCUACGGGACUGCUUCGAUUUCCGCAACCAUAUCUGCAUUGUGACGGAUCUCUUAGGACAAAGUGUUUUCGACUUCCUCAAGGGAAAUGCCUUUGUGCCGUUUCCCAGCAGUCAGAUCCAGAACUUUGCCCGGCAAUUGUUCACCAGCGUUGCCUUCCUUCAUGACCUCAACCUCAUCCAUACCGAUCUUAAACCCGAGAACAUUUUGCUUGUCAGCAGUGCCUACCAGACCUUCACCUACAAUCGUACUAUCCCCUCAUCCUCUUGCGCGAUCUCCCGCAGCGCCCGGCAACGACGUGUCUUGCUCGACAGCGAGAUCCGGUUGAUUGACUUUGGAUCGGCGACUUUUGACGAUGAAUAUCAUUCAUCGGUGGUCUCAACCCGACAUUAUCGGGCCCCCGAGAUUAUCCUCAAUCUAGGCUGGAGUUUCCCCUGUGAUAUCUGGAGUAUCGGAUGUAUACUCGUCGAGUUCUUCACUGGAGAUGCUCUGUUCCAGACCCAUGACAACCUCGAACAUCUAGCCAUGAUGGAGGCCGUGAUUGGUGAGCGGAUUGACACGAAGCUUGUCAGGCAAGUGAUGCAGGGGGGCCGGAGUGGGAGCCAAAACCAGGCUGCAAAGUACUUUUCUCGCCUCCGGCUGGAAUAUCCUAACGACCAGACCACACGGGCCUCCCGAAAAUAUGUGCGGGCGAUGAAACAGCUCAUGGAAUUUAUCCCAAGCAAUACCAAGUUCCAUCGACUAUUCCUGGAUUUGUUGCAGCGCAUCUUCGUCUAUGACCCGAAGAAUCGAAUCACCGCCAAAGAAGCCUUGAAGCAUCCGUGGUUCAAGGAGUCGCUCGUGGACGACGGGACUGAGGCUCUCCGCAUCGGGGAACAAUUACAACGCAACGGCCAACGUCGUCAGUGAGGACUCUUGG